UUGUUUUAUUUUAUGUUGAGAGGAUAACUAAAUAAAUAGAGACAUAUAAACACACCAUACUUGGCAUUAAUGUUUUUGUAGAAGCACUUUCUCUAGAUAAAACUCUCCAUCACAAUACAGUUUCGUCGAACGGAAAAUUAUGUCGGAUUGGAUAACGGAGGUUGAGGUAGAAGAAGAAGAAGAUGAUGAAGAAGAAGAAAGGAGUUAUCGUCGUAAUCACUACUACCACUACGCUAGUAGUUCAAGCGAAAUCGAGGAGGAGAAUUCAAAUGAUAGUAACAGAGAGAGAAAGGUCAUGGAAUCGAUAAAAGAAGAACCGUUCGAAGAAAUAAGUGUGAUUUCGUUCGGAAGCAAAGGAGAGGAUUGUGUGUAUGUUGCCGUAGGGAAGAGCGAGUCGAGCAUGGAUGCGGUUUCUUGGACUCUAAGGAACCUUAUCAAAAACAAUGAAUCCACCAUUCUUUAUCUCAUUCAUGUCUACCCUCCGACACAUUUCAUACCUUCUCCAUUGGGUAAACUACCAAAGGAUCAAGUAAGACCUGAACAAGUGGAGAUUUUCAUGGCCCAAGAAAGAGGCAAGAGGAGACAACUUCUUCAAAAGUUCAUUAAUCUUUGCUCAUCAUCAUCAUCAUCCAAGGUUAAGGUAGAUAAUCUGGUAAUUGAGAGUGACAAUGUUGCCAAAGCUAUCCUAGACCUAAUUCCCAUUCUCAACAUCAAAAAGCUAGUGCUUGGAACCACAAAAUCUGGACUAAGAAAAUCAAGGACCGGAAAAGGAAGCGGGACAGCUGAUCAGAUUCUUCGAACUGCGAACGCAUCAGAAUGCUGUGAUAUUAAAGUCAUAUGUGAGGGGCAGGAAGUAAUGGAACAGAUGACCAGGACGUCAUCAUCACUCUCACAAUCACCUUCCUUUGGUGAUCCUGUCGGUGAUGUUGAAGGCAAUUCCAAGUCGGUGCAGUCGGAAGAUCAAUCUAAUAACAAUGAUCCUUUUUGUAUGUGCUUCAAAUCUCCUCGAGUCGAGUGAUGUAUUACACAACAUUAUGUGUUGUUUAAGUAAGUCGAUGUCUGGUGUUGGUUAUUCGGUGAUCAAUUGAUGCAAUGUAUAAACAUUUUAACAAGAAAACCGAUCAAUGCAUAGUGUGUUAAGAAGAAAAUGGUACUUG